AUGGCGGGUUCUCCGCUUGAACGAGAAGCCACGCCGGAAGUCGAGCUGCUUGAAGAAGACAUUGCCAAAUGCGUCUUGAGGAAGAUUGACUGGCGACUCAUACCGCUCAUGUUCAUCACAUACAAUCUCAAUUUCAUGGACAAAACCAUUCUAUCCUCGGCUUCGGUAUUUGGUCUGCGGGAGGACACCCAUCUGAAAGGCCAACAAUACUCAUGGGUUUCCAGUGUCUUUUACUUUGGCUAUUUCUUUUGGGAAUACCCAACUACAUAUCUCAUUACUCGGCUCCCUGUAGCAAAAUAUCUCGCUGUCAACACAUUUGUCUGGGGCGCUGUCGUGGCUCUCACAGCUGCGUGCAGUAGCUAUGGCGGUUUGAUCACGGUGAGAUUCCUGCUUGGUGUGGCUGAAGCCACUAUUACCCCGGCUUUCCUUUUCAUUACAAGUACUUGGUACACCAGAGACGAGAUCCCCACCCGCACAGGUCUGUGGUUUGCGGGCAAUUCUGUGGGCGGUCUUGUUGCAUCGUUUCUAGCAUACGGUGUAGGCCACGUCAAGGACUCCCUCGCGCCCUGGAUUUGGAUGUACAUCAUCCUUGGGUCUCUGACAUUCCUCUGGGGUAUCCCUAUGCUCCUGUUCCUACCCGACAGCAUUGCGACAGCCAAGUUCCUCACUGAAGAAGAGCGCAAGCUUGCAGCACGUCGCGUCGUCCUAGAGGGAACAGGGAGGACGGAUAACACUAGAUGGAAGCUCGAUCAAGCGCUCGAGUGUCUCCGCGACCCCAAGACGUGGAUCAUCUUCAGCAUGAGUCUGCUGACGCAAAUCCCCAACGGCGGAACCCAGAACUUCGGGAACCUAGUGAUCAAGAGCUUCGGAUUCACAAGCCUACAAUCGACUCUUCUCGUCAUCCCAGCGUCUGUCAUCGCAGCCGGCACGAUUGCAGGGACAGGGUGGAUCGCCGGCCGCUUCCGCCAGAUGAAUUGCAUCCUGAUCAUCUGCGUUGUCGUCCCUGCCGUAGUCGGCAGCUCGCUGAUAUACGUCCGACCACGCACUUCCUCUGGCGUGCAGCUCCUUGGCUACUUCCUGCUCUCCACGGGACCGGGCGCAAUCCCACUCCUCAUGUCGCUCGUCGGCGCAAACUACAAGGGCGUCACCAAGAAAAUGACAAUGACUGCCCUCCUCUUCAUCGCGUACUGCGCAGGCAACAUCGCAGGGCCGCAGUUCUUUCGCUCAAGCGAGGCACCCCACUACAACACCGCGUUCAAGGCCAUCUUGGUCUGCUAUUGCUUGGUGGUAGGGCUGGCGGUGGUGUUGAGGCUGUAUCUGCAGUGGCUCAACGCCAAGCGAGAGAGAGAAGAGGGUGUCCAAGGCUGCGCGGGGUCUGCAGGCGUGCUAGCCGGCAAGGUCGCCGACAAUGACGCAGACCGCAGUGCGAGCGUGGCUGAGGUGGAUUGGCAAGCCGACGACUUUGACGAUGUCACGGACUGGAAGACAUUUGGUUUUAGGUAUCGUCUAUAG